GAUAAUGUGUAAUGUAAGGUUCUAACUUCAGAAAAGAUUACUAAGGUUUGUUCUCAAAAGGCUAUAUUAUAUUGCAUAAUACGGCAUAAUAUCUGAAAAGUGUUAUUUAAAUUCAACUACAGAUAAUAUUCAUCUUAAUAUAAAAUAAUGAGGAUAAACAAUGUUUUAACAAAAUCGUGUCUGGUUAAUAGUCAGUUCCGCAGAUACGUGGCCACAACUGAAAAACCAAAAGACAUUACAUCUAAUGUUAAAGGUUUGAGUUCCAAGGUUAUCAUUGCUAACCCACCACCAGAACGUGUAAGGAAAGCUGCUGAAAACGGUCCCUACAAGAAUCCACAAUAUUUCAGCUACCACAAAAAUUCAUAUUUUGAUGCUGAGAUUGAAAUGCACAAAUAUAGAUUACCACAACCUUCAAGUUUAAAGUAGAAAAUAUUCAUCAUGGUUUUCUAUAGAAUAUUAUUAAGAUAUGUACCAAUGAUAACUUUCCCAAUAGCUUUUGUGGCUGGUAUUAUUGGUUACAAUAUAGAACAUGCAAUAUCUAACGUAGAAACACCAUCAAAACCCAGUAUUUUAGAAGAAAAACUUAAAAGAAAAGAUGAUCAGAAAAUUUUGUAUAAUGAACCUCCUGUUUUAGAAAGAAAUCUUUCACCACCAUUGAAAAGAGAUCAUUAAUUUGAUCUAAUAAAAAUAUAAUGUGUAGUUGAAUAAUUAUAUUUUUUUUAAAUUAAAUGUAUAUUAAAUAUUCAGUUUAA